AUGCAAACGCAUAGCAGAGAAGGACUGCAGCAAGAAGAGCAGCAGCAGCAGCAGCAGCAACAGCAGCAGCAGCAGCAGCAGCAGGAUGGGCAGCAGCAGCAGCUGCUGCUGCCAAGCGACGGAGCAGAGGAUUCGAAUCGUGCUGUAGAGGGGACAGCAGCAGCAGCAGCAGCAGCAGCAGAAGAUGCUGCUGCAGCAGCACCAGCAGCAGGAGGAGAUAGAGAAACAGCUGCAGCAGCAGCAGAAGACACAGCGGCAGCAGCAGCAGCAGCAGCAGAUGAAGCAACAGCAGCAGCAGCAGAUGCCUCUACAGCUGCUGCGAAGAGCCGCUUAUCUCGCCGGGGUCGGCGCAGCUCCCAGCAGGAAACAGCAGCAGCAGCAGCAGCAGCAGAAGCAGCAGCAGCAACGGCAGCAGAUGCAGCAGCAACAGAAGCAGCAGAUGCAGCAGCAACAGAAGCAGCAGCAAAAGAGGAGUCGCCUGAGGGAGAGGCUGUCCUCCCUGAUGCUGGCGAAGACAGCAGCAGCAGCAGCAGCAGCAGCAGCAGCAGCAGCGAGAGUGAAGAUCUUUCAUCUGCUGUGGAGGAGACACAGCAAUAG